AUGGGCCUCGAUCUGGUCGACCUGCAGCCUGCUGCGCCUGUUUACCGGAAAAUUCCACUGCCACCACACCGCACUGGCCCGUCAGUGUCCGUCGACUGUCCCCUUGUGCUCAUCCCGGGCAACGUUAUCGAGGCUCCGGAAGUCCCGCUGCCAUCAGAUGACCGGACAAGACGAGGAGAGACCGUGCCAGAACUGCCAACCGUUCCGGCCAGGCAGAACUGGAACCGGAUACCGGUGACAGCGACGCAAGCAUGGCGGUGGCAGCCAUGGACGACCCCGCGGCCAAAUCUAAAAAACGCACCACACUUUGGAGACGGACGAAGCGAAUCGUCCGUCGCAUGUUUUGUUGCGGCGUUUGAGCGGUUAUCGCUACGUUUGAUUUACACGUUAUCCAGUCGGCCAACUUUUCGUGUCCAACUCUGUUUUUCCGUCGGACAAAUCUUUAACCUACUUGUAUACUUUGUUUAUUUAUAG